GUCUAUCCAAUUUUUAAUUUUUUUUUAAAUAAAAAAGAAGAAACUCCCGUUACAGAAUGUCUAAAGCCGCAUUGAUGGCGUCCGAGGUGGACAUUCUCAAGACAAAGGCGGCGAAUAAGAAGGGCGCGGGGUCGGAAGAGGUCGAGACUGUGUGGCCGAAACCAGAGUUCAUCACACUCUACCUCGCAAAUACGGCGCUGGACAAUGUCACGUUAGCAGGAAAGACGAUCACAGAGUACAUAGUACCAGCAGGGAGCAUGUUCACUCUUGGUGCCGCUUUACCAAAUCAUACAGUGUUGAAAUGGGGAGCAUACUUUCCCCCUGGGACCAUGUUUCCGGAUGGUGUGUUGGUCCCUAUUCAUGCGAGGAUGGUGUCUGUCCAGCCACUCGAGACUCCAAAGAAUUAAUCGCACAAACGACACAGUUUGAAGUGAGGUUUAGGAGCAACAGGAAAAGGCCAUGGCUUCCCCUGGUCCCUCGAGUCGGUUUCCUGAACGAGCACCGUCGAGCAGAUGUAUGCUUUGUAUGUAUAUUCCAAAACAUUAGUGGGCAGCAGACCUUUACCCCAGCUGGACCAUUAGCGUCCGCCGCUCAUUCAUUAUCUACUUCACUGUCUUGAGCACCAUUUUGAUCUUUAUGGAUGGGAACGACCUCUUUUUCCUUUUUCUUCCUUUCAUCCAUUACUCACUGGACGUCUCACCGGUCGGAAGCCUAAAGGUAACGGUAUCCCUUCUUCCAAUUAUACACGUACAUUCUAAACAGCUAAAUGGGUUCCCCAAGGGAGAAAAGCGUACCCGAAGCCUUUUUAUUUUUCUUCCCAUGGCUGUACUGUAGAAGAAUGGGGUAAUCUAUGGCUCAAGUCCUGUUACAGGAAGGGGGAAGGACAGCUUUACUGGUCGUUGGGAUAUUAAUAAACCCACCUUGAUUCCUGCUGGGACCAUUUUUGUACUUGAUCAAAAGUUCUAUACCCAGAUAAAAAGAGAAUAGAAGAAGAAGCAAGGAUGUCGGGAACUGGGCGAGUAAGACAUGGCUUGGGGGUGAAGGCCCAUCUGAUACUUUACCUUCAAUAUAUAGGGCGGAAAUACAAUGUUGAAUGAUUCUAGAGGCGGCUUCCGACAAUAUAUCGUACCUGCAGGAAGCAUGUUCACCCUUGGCGCUGCUCUGCCAAAGUAAGUCCAGCCCUCAAGUUCUUCGAACGGCUGAAGGCUGGCGCUUGCUUUUCAAAGUCAUACCGUGCUAAAGUAGGGGGCAUAUUUUUCACAAGGGACAAUGAUUAGUAUUCUGACCUUCGUGGGCCGGGGAAGAUUGCUGACAGGAGUGCGGUUAUCAUCAAGUUUCCGGAUCGAGUGCUAGUCCCUAUUCACGCUCGUAUGGUAUCUGUUCAGCCAUUCUAGACUUCACUUUGAUUAGAGGACAGGGCUGGCGGCAUAUGUAGAUGUCCAUGCAUGAUGUAAACGGUAACGGUACAGGUAUUGAUAGUCGGGAUGUA